AUGACGGACCCCGGGGCUACGUACUACGCUGCGUUUGUGGCCUUGUCAAUCUUUACAUUGAAAGCGGUCAAUGAAGAGGUUACAGAGCCUUACAUGGACGAGCCCUUCCACGUCCCGCAGGCGCAAGCGUAUUGCGCGGGAGACUAUUGGAAGCGGGAUCCGAAGAUCACCACUCCACCUGGACUCUACGUCCUCAGCCUGGUUCUUCGGAAGGUAUUCAUGUUAAAGUGCAACCUAGCUAUGCUCCGGAUUACACCCCUGCUCUCGCUACUUGUCCUUCCCAUAGUUAUGACACGCCUACUGUGUUACCACCAACGCGUGCGGCCUCCUCUCUCGCUGCUCACACCCACCACGGAGGCCGUCGUCCUCGCCAGCUUUCCAAUCGCGUGGUUCUUCGGCUUCCUCUACUACACGGAGGUACCGAGCCUCGUGUUCGUCGUGGUGACCGUGGUCGCCGCCUCGCAGCGCAGACACUGGCUCGCAGCUCUGCUAGGCGCCGUGAGCUGCACUUUUCGCCAGAAUAACAUCGUCUGGGUGCUAUAUGCGUAUGCAUCCAGCCAGCUCAUGUACUUGCGCUUCCGGCGUGUGCCCGAGAGCGCCAAGAUGAAGGCCAGGCUGCAUGACCCGGACGCGUUGGUGGCUAGCUCAGGGGACGUGCUAAAGUUAUUAUGGAGCUUGUUCUAUGUGAUUCCGGACAUCCUGCCCGCUUUCAUACCAUACGCGUUGGUCCUCGCAGGUUUUGGAGCCUUCGUGAUAUGGAACGGUGGUAUCGUCCUAGGGGACAAAUCAAACCAUGUGCCGGCUUUUCAUAUACCACAGGUGUACUAUUUCGUGGCAUUCUCCACCAUCAUCGGAUGGCCUGCGUUAUUAUUGGGCCAAGAUGGGGCGCGUGCUCUAGUGCAAGAGGUAUGGACACGCAUGUUCGGCAGCAGGAGAAACGCCAUUGUGACGGUAGUCGCUUCGCUCAUCAUGGGUGUGACGGUACGGAAGCUCACAAUCCACCACCCAUUCCUGCUCUCGGAUAACCGACACUACACCUUCUAUGUAUGGCGUAGAAUAUUCCUUUUGCAUCCUAGCGUGCCGUAUCUCCUAAUUCCCGGUUACAUCGCGUGCGCGUGGGCCUGGUUCAUCCGGAUCGGUCGCGAUCAAACCCUGUUGCAGAAUCUCCUAGUGCCCUUGUUCGUGUUGCCCACGCUGAUUCCUACUCCGCUGCUGGAGCCGCGCUACUUCCUCAUCCCAUAUAUACUGCUACGAGCGCAAGUGGUGGACGUCCCCCUGUGGGCGGCGCUGGUGGAGGGACUGUGGUACGGAGCGAUCAACGGAGGGACGAUGUAUGUGUUCCUGCACAAGGAGCGGGCGGGCGUAGGGCGCUUCAUGUGGUAG